UAUUUGGUACAAUGUGCCGGGCUGCCCUUGUAGCCAGGUUGUUUCCAUGGUCUGCGCAUGCCAGCUCCAUGAUUGUUGGGCCCACUCACUCCUGAGGGAAUUUGAACUCAGUCUCCCUGUUAGCUUUAGUCCGCUACUAACAGUCACUAUCUGGUAGAAGGCUGGGCCCCAGGCAAGGCAUGCUUGCCCUGGAAACAGUCUGAUUUCCAGGCUUCCUUGUUGAUGACUUAUAUAAUAGCCGACUCGUAUCAGUAUUCAAAACUGUGCCCGGGUCAGUGCUCCCACGACCCUAGACCCAGAUCCAGGUACAAGAUACAAAGUACGGGCCGUACGUGCAGAUCAUCUCGACGGGGUCCAGAGUUUUACGUGCACAAGGGAUCAGUAUUUCCGAUAGACCAGCUAUCGGAUUGACGUCCACAAUGAGGACCUUGGAGUUUGUGGCGCUUCUACUUAUAUCAACGGUUGGAGCAUCUGUUCCAACUGGCGCACCGGAGUGGCAGAACCCACAUCACAACUCUCACGUCUCGGCUUUUGCCGGAGUGACGGUCAGACUGCGCUGCGCUGCCACAGGCAACCCUCGUCCGAUCAUCACAUGGCAAAAGGACUUUCGAGAGGUCCAAGAAGAUGACAGACCAGCAGAGGGCUUUCGGAUCAACAACAAACGCUGGAGCCUUGUGAUAGAUUCUGUGGAACCAUCAGAUGAAGGCACAUACACCUGUCUGGUCACCAACGGCUAUGGCACCCUCUCUCGCAGCUUCGAGCUGUUUGUCAGAGAACAUGUAGACAGCCGACCAACGUUGGUGCCCGGAGUGUUGCAGAAUCAGACAGCGGUGGUGGGAAGUACCGCGGAGUUCCAGUGUCAGAUCCACACUAUCGGAGCCGACACGGCACCUGUACACAUGCAGUGGCUCAAACACAACAUGGUGAACGGUUCCUACGUCAGUAUAACUGACCGAACCACGGUAAUUAAGGAGGACACCACUGACGCAGAGGGAGACCUGAAGAAGCUUAUCCUGACGAACGUUACUGAGGAAGAUGCGGGACAGUACACCUGCAUGGUGGCCAACUCCAUGGGCUUUACCUACGACCACGCUUGGCUGACUGUCCAGCCAGGAAUAUGUGAGCCAAUCACUAUGCCACUCUGUAAAGAUCUGGACUACACUACUGCAAGCUUCCCGAAUCAUCUUAACCACGUCAAACAAGACGACGCCGGCCUAGAGGUUCACCAGUUCUUUCCGCUAGUGAAAGUCGUAUGUUCCCCAUACUUGCAGAAGUUCUUGUGCAGUAUGUACGCGCCACCUUGCAACUUACAGGGGAACUCCAAACCCCUGCGCCCUUGCAGGAGUCUGUGUGAAGCCGCCAGAGCUGGCUGUGAGUCUCUGAUGAACAAGUUUGGGUUCAAUUGGCCGGAGUCACUAGAGUGUGACUCAUUACCGACAACAGACGAGGAGAUAUGCUUUGGACACAUUCACUCUCCUUCUCCCUCACUCCCUACAUCUUCUCCUCCUGGGCUGACUGUCAAACCAGGAAUAUGUGAGCCAAUCACCAUCCCGCUCUGUAAAGAUCUGGACUACACAACCACAAGCUUCCCGAAUCAUCUUGGCCACGUCAAUCAAGAUGAUGCCGGCCAAGAGGUUCAUCAGCACUAUCCACUGGUGGAAUAUCAGUGUUCCCCAUACCUGAAGGGUUUCUUGUGCAGCAUGUACGCGCCACCUUGCAACUUAGAAGGGAACUCCACCCCCCUGCGGCCGUGCAAGAGUCUGUGCCAAGCCGCCAGGACUGGCUGUGAGAAUGUGAUGAUCGAAUUUGGGUUCAGUUGGCCGGAAUCACUGGAGUGUGAUUCCUUACCCACAACAGACGAGGAGAAAUGCUUUGGAGACACUCAUUCUUCUCAUCCCUCACUCCUUACACCCUCUCCUCCGCCUCCUUCUCCUCCUCCUUUUUCACGCUCUUCUCCUCCAUCAUCUGUGGUCUUAGCGACCCUUCUGCGUGAUUACGACAAGAGGGAUCGCCCAGACGGGGGACAAACGUCUAUCAAGAUUGGACUGACACCUCGGACAGCCCUGGGACGUAACGAUGAAGAUGGUCUUUUUACUCUGCAUACCUGGAUCAGCAUGGAAUGGAAGGAUCUGAGACUGAAUUUCGAGAGAUUUGGAAACCAGCGGCUGGAAGUGGCAGUGCAGUACUUGUGGACACCUGACAUCUACCUGAUCUCAGGUGUAAAGGCAGAUGAGAUGCCGUUGCCCUUGACAACAGAAGCGUCGAUCUUAAGUGACGGAACCGUGCGUUAUGUCGUACCCUGGACCUUCACUGUGCCUUGUAGGAAACGGCCCGAGUUUGAAUGGGACUGCCAAGUUGUGUUCCAGUCGUGGAACAAGCCGGCCGAUGAGAUAACACUGUCUUCCAUGGACCAGUCUUUGGACGCGGAAGAAUACAACGGCGACCUGAGGUGGAACGUCCAGUCCGUGUCAGCUGAUAGCCUGAUCACCAACGCUGGAAAAUCCCGACUUAUCUUCACCCUUUUGGUGGCUUGAAAUGUUUUCUUUGUAUUUGCAAUUUAGUGUCCGAUCAAGGUUACUAAAAGGAAUUGUCAUUAGAAAGAGUUGGUCAAUGUAUCAUUGUCCAGAGACUAUGUAUACCAGAGUCUCCAUGUCUAUAGACGUUCAAACACAUUAUCAUUUCGUAACGUUUUGAAGCAUAAUUUGGACGUAAGGCCAUAGUAAACUAGAUACUGCACUUCUGAAAUUAAAUCAAAUGCAUGUUGAAUUUGAA